AUGGGACUGUCAGAACCAGCCAGAGCCCUGAAUUAUUCACCAAGGUGUCCUCAGAGAGGAUGCUGCCCAACAUGGCAGAACGAGAGAGGAGGCUGCUCUCGCUGGAACAGCGGAAUCAAACUCUGAUGGAGAAAAUCAGAUCCCUUCAGAAGGCCAAUGCAAACUUGCGUCAAAUGAAUUCAAGACUGAGGGAAGAAAAUGAAGUCUUCAAGUCAACAGAAGAAAUCUUACUUAGGGACAAUGACAAGAUCAAGAAGAAGGUGCUUCAGCUGAAGGAACUUCAAGAAUCGCUGCAAGAUGAUAUUUACGUCCUGGAGGAACAGCUGUGCGCCUGCACCUGUCAAGGAGAGAACAAAAGAGGAGAAACUAUAGAGCCGUUCCAGCUGUGAAAUGGGCUGAGCAAGUUCAAGAGAACCAUCUCACUUCUUUGCAAGAUAUUGCCUUUAGCACUUUUAGUGCUCUGAGCAGCAACUUCUGGAAUAAACAGCAUCCUUGCUUUUCGUUCACUGCUGAGAAAUGUUUGUUGUCAGUCUCCAGACUGGGGCAGGGUCCAUUCACACUAUGCAUUUAUAGUGCGAUUAUCCUGUUUUAACAUCCUGGUGUUUGCAGUCUAGUGACACACCAGAGCUGAGCAUUUUGAUU